UUUUAUUUUAUUUUUAUUUUUUAUUUUUAAAGCUUAAGACCUCAUCUAAGUUCAUAUAGGCUCGUAAAGUUUGAAACUUGGCCUCCACGUUUCGCCAUGUUUUACGCUUUUUAGAAGAUUGCUUACUAAUGCAACAAACAAGCACACGAAAUAGAUAACUUCUUGUGCUUUAAAGGUUUGGUUUAGCCCAUAUUUGGCUUUUCUUUUCCUUGAACUUUAUUUCACGGUUAAUUCUUGGCUACGCUAUUAAAAUAUCUACUUAAUUAUCAAAUUUUACUUGCAUAAAAAUUAUCUUGCCCGUUCCUGCCAAUGCAUUUGGUCUAUUUGGCAUAUGCUUUGUGUGGUUAUUAUUGUUGACUUUUGCUUUUGGCAACCUAAAAAAUAUAUCCAUUCGGAAAAUGAAAAUACUUUCUUGUUGAUAAAUGACUAAAAGAAGAGUAAUUACAGGAAAAAUAGUAAAUAUUGGUAAUAUUUUUCUUAAAAAUUUGAUUCAAGUGAUUAUUAUUUUUUAACUUAUAUAUCUUCCUGUGAUGCUAAGUAGCGUAUGUUAUAUUUGGGCCACAAACACCUUAUAUCUGAUGUGCUCGUGCUCGUGCUCGUGCUCGUGCUCGUGCUCUUGCUCUUGCUCUUGCUCAUUGAUUUGCAGGUAUUUUAAGGGCCCUGAGCUUCUUGUUGAUUUGCAAGAUUAUGAUUACUCAUUGGACUUGUGGAGCCUCGGUUGUAUGUUUGCUGGAAUGAUUUUUCGUAAGGAGCCUUUUUUUUAUGGGCAUGACAAUUAUGAUCAACUGGUUAAGAUUGCCAAGGUAUUGGGGACAGAUGAGUUGAAUGCUUAUCUUAACAAGUACCGGUUGGAAUUGGACCCACACCUUGCUGCUCUUGUUGGAAGGCAUAGCAGAAAACCAUGGACAAAGUUUAUUAAUGCCGAUAAUCAGCAUUUGGCUGUUCCGGAGGCAAUUGAUUUUGUUGACAAGCUGUUGCGGUAUGAUCAUCAAGAGAGGCCAACUGCGAAAGAAGCAAUGGCUCAUCCCUAUUUCUACCCGAUAAGGAAUGCAGAAAGUAGCAGAACUCGCGCACAUUAAGAUCAAGCACUGUCCUAUGCCGUCACUGAUGAUUUCUGCAAUUAAUUGAGCUCACCAUCAAUAAGUGCCUUCUAUUUGUUAACCAUUUGGUUCAUAACAUUUUAACUUUUUCCAACUCCAAAUUUCUUCAGCAUUUGAUUUGUGUGGUCUGUUAAAAGUAAGACACUUCGAUUUUUUUCCCGGUCGGUAUUUUUGUGCAUAAUGUUGUGCUCAAUUUAUUUCAAAACUAUGCAGAAAAUUAUGAUGGAUGUUCGUAGGAUGGUGACAGCACCGCUCUAUGACCCAUCUACUUUUAAUUGCAGUAAUUGAAGAAGUCCUGGAAUUGAAUGAUUAUUAGAAGUCUUUUUCA